AUGGGGGCCACUAAAUUGUCGGAUUUAGGGCCGCUACCGCGCUACACCGGCCUGCGCUCGGCCGCUCGGGCGGCUUUUGAUGCCCCAAUAAAUAAACAGCAGAUCCCAUCAGAUAAGCGGCCGAGGUCGGCUCUAACGACGGAGCGGGCGCCGAUGCCUCCGAAUGCCGCGAUAAGCCCCAACGACCUACCUACCUACGCACCUACUCACCAU